AAAUACCACAUCUUACACUUGCUGUGACUUAACUGGAUCACGUUGCAUAUUUAUUUAACUGUGCACUAGGGAGAAAGGAGCAGCUAUUCCUCUGGACGUUGUGGAUAAUGUGAUGAAGGAACCACCAGACAAACAGAACUCUAUAGUGGCCAGAUCACACAGACAAGCUGAGGCUGAGGGGGGUGUGGGGUCAGCUCUUCAGGCUGCGCUCAACAAGGCCCCAACCAGACUGUGUGUGACAGCUCCCUCUGGUGACCGUUCCCUGUCCUACAUCCAUCAGAGGAACCCAGCUGUCACAAGAACUGAACUCAGAGCAGGAACAGCAGCAAGGGCAUCUGAGGAGGAGAAGCCCACAUCCUCAUACAGAGAUCUACCAGAGGAAGAACAGGAAGACUGUCUCUCAUUGGCCAUCAGUGAGCAGCUGGCUGACUGGCAGGCUUCUUCACCCCUGAGGACCAUUCAGGAGGAAGUUGUUGCACUUGACCCUGCCCUCAAAGGGACCAUCAGCCAAUCACAGAUCACUCAGGCGUUUCUAAGACACGAGGUUCCACUGAAGUUACCAACAUUCCGUCAGCUCCUCCUAACGUUCUGUGAUGCUGACCACCCAGAUCAGGUAGGGUUGAAAUUAAACAUCACAAAGGAGUUUAUUUAA